CCUCAGACCGCAGGCUGCACCACAAGCGGGUCACGGGCACAAAUGUUCGCAGCCCCUGGAAGCAUGAAUAAAACAGGUGCGCGUUAAUAAUUCAGCCUGCAGCCUGUUGUUCCUUAACCGUGUGUCGUCAUCGGGACGGUAGUUGCGGAAGUGGCCUGCGCUGUUUCGCAGAGAGGAUGAGACCUGCCUGGAGACGACGACGCGGGGACAGGAGGUGUGAGCUGUCGGGUAGAAAUGGACGAUCCUGAGACCUGAUCAGCUGAUAGCGUCAAACGCUCUCUGUAAGCACACGUCUCUGGCCCGUGUCGGGGGUCCCGUACAGACCGGACUGCACCCAGGGGAGCUGUGUUGGAGGUAUGGGCGUGUUACAGUCCGUACCUGGUCACCCAGAGUACGCUGAUCUGGCGGAGAAGACCGGCUUUUCAUUUGAACAGAUCAGCGUCCUGCAUAAAAGAUUCAAGCAGUUGAGCCACAAUGAGCAAACUCUGCGGAGAGAUCACUUCAACGAGAUCCCAGAUCUGUCAUGCAAUCCCAUCCGCUCGCAGAUCAUAGAGGCCUUCUUUGACCAAAGAAACUUUCAUCAGAAUAGCGAGGGGAAGGUUCAGGAGAUUGGCUUCGAGGAGUUCCUGGUGGUCAUGUCCCAUUUCAGGCCUCCGUCGCUGCACAUGACAGAUGAUCAGCGUGAGAGUGUCAGGAAGGAGAAACUGAGAUUUCUGUUCAACAUGCAUGACACGGACAACGAUGGGACGAUAACCCUGGAGGAAUACAGACACGUGGUGGAGGAGCUGUUAUCUCACAGCGGGGCGCUGGGAAGGGAAACAGCCAAAAGCAUUGCUGAUGCAGCCAUGUUGGAGGUGGCCAGUAUUUCAAUGGGUCACAUGGAACCGGACGAAUUCUACGAGGGGAUCACAUUUGAGCAUUUCCUCAAGUUGCUGAGCACCUUUGAAAUUGAAUCAAGAAUGAACAUUCGCUUUUUGAAUAUGGACACACCGACCCUGUGUAAGUGAGGCUGGGACAAUAAACUGUGCGCCAACUCUGGAAAAACCCUGAGGACGCAUAAUCACGGUUUCACUAUAACCAACAAUCGCUUGUUUUCUACACCGGUUUGACGCUUGCAUCGAAUAUAUGCCUUACAUAUGAUUGAAUAACUAUGCAAAUACAAAGUAAAUAUGUAUACUGCGGCUGUUAGGGAGUAGUUAAUUUGAUUGUAAGCAAUAAUAUGAAAUAAGCAGUCAAAUAACAAAAUCAGCCUGUUAGUAGCUCAACAAAGCAAUAAUCAAAUAUCCAUGUCUGGAGUGGCAGACGGUAUGACUAUGCAUGCAAAUAUGGUUGCCAGAAGAAACUAACUUCAGACAAUAUUAAUGCCAUAAAUUAAUAACUAUCAAUAAUCAGGGACAUAAAGUUUGUCUUUAAAUAAAUCUAGAUGUGUCUUAUAGUAGUAACGCAGUGCUUUUAUCCGUGUUACAAAUACAGCACUUGGUGCAUGCUCUGCACACUGUGUUUGCACAAUAAAGGAAACAGAUCUGCCUUUUGGUUCAUGAUGUGUGUUUAUGAUAAAAAGGAAAUGGGUGUGCCGUCAUGCAGGAUUAAAUGUUUGAAGGCAGCAUCUGAUUACUCCUUAUCAAGGAAGAGGAGGAGACAGAAGUCACACGAUUUUUUUAGUCAGAUCUGUGUUAUCUCUGUUCGGUUUCGCCUUAGAAUGUCACAACCUUUUUAAUAACACACACAUAUAUUGUUAUUAGUCAAGGAGAUUUUUAAAAAGUUUAGUUAAUGUUAAUAAAACACCAUGUGGAUGAUGUGGACUUCUUCUCCUAUAGAGAGUGAAUGACUCAUAGAAACCGUUGUUAUUCGUCUGCACCGUGGUAUAUAAUCUUGUUUAUCUCAUGUAUUUAUUUAUAUAUGUAUAACUUCUCUUUUCAUGCAAAGACGUCACAAUGCAAGUUUUGUUGGGGGUUAUAGAAACUGAUUUUCAGUGCACACUGUUUUGGAAAUUGCUGAAUUAUGGCAUGAGUCUUAUAGCCGUCAGUGCAUCAUACAAUCCCUAGAAACUGUCAUGCUACAGUUACAACCACAGACCCUCUGUACGCCAACAUAUCAUGCCACAAAACAUUGUAAUUACUUUAAAUCAGACCUUUAGAGAGAGAUAAUCUUUUGGUGGGAUGUUGAUGGGAAGUACACACAGUGGGAAAACUAGCCAUGUAAAAAUUAAUGCAAGUGGAUAAUAAACAGGAAGUCAUAAGCGAGCAGGUGUGUGUUUACAAUGUCAAUCAUAUGCAAUGACCACAACAUCCUUAGUCUGAUUCUGGCUGACCUAUGUUGUCAUCCUGUCGUUCGCACCAUGUUUCCUGCCAGCUCAUUCUGCCAUCAUUAACAACUGAUAGGCUGAAAUAGCUAGUUUCCUUUUAAGGCAUUUAUUAUGUCUGUUGCUUUAUUUCCUGUGAAUGCCAGGUGAGAGACUGUUUAAACUGUCCCAUUGCUGCAGGUCAAGGUGCAAGUGAGUGGAAAUGGGGGCUUUAAAGGGACAGUUCACCCCAAAAUCAAAAAUUAUUAUAUUUUUAACGUGGAUCCAAACCGUCACCAAAUGACAUCGCAGCCACCAGGGGAGCUUACAAGAUGGGUCGCCAAAUAUACUUUGGCCGGCCUUUCAUAUACCUGGGCAGACCAUCUAAGUAAAGUGUAUGUGUGGGAGACACUGAACGUACCCAUCAGCACUUCUUCUGAUGCACUUUGACUUCAUGUAUUCAAUAAUAGGUAUAUACUGCCCUCCACAGGUCAAACUGUGCAAAGCAUGUUGAAUGAUAAUCCCAUGUCAUUUCUGUAGCAGGUAGUUCAGAUCCUGAAAAAUGUGUGAUGUGCUUUUCAUGGCUGAAUGAUCAGAUUUGUCACUUUAACAGUUUUGUCAUUGAAUCAUUUCAAGGCUGUUACUUUGUAAAGCUUUCCAUGUUUUGCAAUUAAAUGUGAUAUAUGCAA